AUCAGUUUCAUUUCAACCGUCUCACCGUCAAGUCGUGAUUGCGGUGUGACUUGUGCAGUCGGUGAGCUUUUUAAGUAUAUAGUAAAAAGUGCAUUUAUUCUACGGGUUUUUAUUUUUUAUUAUUGGCAAUAAGCUGAGAAGGUUGGCUGCAAUUUUAGCUGUGAAUGGUUGCUUUAUAGUGAAAGUGAUCAAGGAUUUACUGUAUUCUUACGUUCUUUUUGGUUUAAACUUCAAGGAGAGUGGAGAGUGUGUAAAAGUUAUAGAUAAUUUUUUUAAUUGGGCAAAAGUUUACAUGACCUAGAGGUGGAUUAGAAAACAAAAGCGGGUGAUAACAAUGAUAUUUCCAGCGAUAACAAAGAAAAGGGUGUUAAUUGUUGCAAUUUUGGCAGCAAUUGUCGUGGCUGUGGUAUUGGUAACUGUGUACUUUACUGUUUGGAAGCCCAAAGAUGAUAAGGAGCCAAGGAGGAUGGGAAUUGUGGCGAAUGGGAUUGAAUGUGCGGAUAUUGGAAUGGAGAUUCUCAAGAAAAAUGGAACAGCAGCAGAUGCUGCUAUUGCAACGCUUUUUUGCGAAGGAGUCACUUGUCCGCAGAGUAUGGGACUUGGGGGUGGAUUUGUCAUGACGAUCUACUCAAAGAGCAAGGGAAUGGUAGAUUCGAUGAUUGCCAGGGAAGUAGCUCCACUGGCAGCAACGACAGAUAUGUUUAAAAAUGGAACAAUUGAUUCAGUUGAAGGUGGUCUAGCAAUUGCCGUUCCGGGCGAAUUGAUGGGUUAUUGGUCGGUUCAUCAAAAAUACGGUUUAUUGCCCUGGGAAGACCUUAUCAGGCCCACAAUUGAGCUCUGCCGUCAAGGUCAUGUUGUAUCGCAUUAUCUCGAACGUAUUCUUAGUGGUAGAGCAUCAAAGAUUUACGGUGAACCAAGUCUGAGGGAGAUUUAUAUCAAUCCCGAAACUAAUGAUACUUGGCGAUAUGGAGAUCGUAUCAAGAGACCUAAAUUGGCAGAGACUCUGGAAGUUAUUGCCAGGGAGGGUGCGAAUGCCCUGUACAAUGGAACACUUACUAAAGCAUUUAUUCAGGACAUUCAGAAUUUUGGCGGAAUUGUCACGGAACAAGAUCUACUAGAAUAUCGGGUACGAUGGCAUAAACCUAUUGAAGCGCAUUUAAAAAGUGGAUAUAGUCUGUAUACUACAAAUGCUCCAACGUCUGGUCCCCUAUUGGCGUUUAUUCUUAACGUAAUGGAUGGUCAUAUGGAUGGAUUGGAAUCCCCAUUGACCUGGCACAGGGUCAUUGAGACCUUCAAAUAUGCCUACGCCAGGAGGACAAUGAUGGGAGAUCCAGACUUUGUGGCUUCAGUUGAUGCACUCGUGGCCAAUCUCACGAAUCCCAAUUUUGCGGACUACAUCAGAGGCUUAAUUGACGACAGUAAGACUUACAACGACUAUCAACACUACGGAGCUGAUUUUUCCAAUGUCGAGGAUCAUGGGACGGCUCAUAUUUCGGUUUUAGCACCAAAUGGAGAUGCCGUUGCUGCCACAAGUACUGUCAACUACAUUUUUGGUGCAAUGAGACGCUCACCGAGCACUGGAAUCAUCCUGAAUGAUGAAAUGGAUGAUUUUUCCAUUCCCGGAAAGGACAAUGUCUAUGGCAUUCCCUCUUCUCCCUCAAACUACAUCUCACCUAGGAAGACUCCCAUGUCUUCGAUGUGUCCAGCAAUUAUUGUUGAUCAUCAGGGGAAUGUCCGGAUGAUUGUGGGCGGAGCAGGAGGUUCCAAAAUCACAACAUCCGUCGGCUAUCUGAUUAUGCGACAUUUGCUGUUCGAUGAGGACGUUUACGAUGCCAUGCAUGCCAAGAGGCUUCAUCAUCAAUUGGCUCCGAUGCGAGUGGACUUUGAGAAUGGGCUCAGUGAAGAGAUCAUCCAAGGAUUAAUAGAACGCAAUCACAGUAUGUAUGAGGUGAGUCCGGGAUCGGGAUUUGCAGCUCUGACAGCAAUAAGUUCCGAUGCCAAGCAAAGCAGAAUUGAAGGUGUUUAUGAUCCAAGGCGCAAUGGGUCAGUAAAUGUUGGGGAAGUGUAAUAAAACAAAAACAAAAAAAAAUAGAGGAUAUUUUGUCAAGUGACUUUUCGCCCAGUUUUGUCCACCAGCAAAAAGAAAAACUUUCUUCGUUUAGAUUUAAAUAAUUACUGUGAUUAACAAUAUAGAGAAAAAGAAAAUUUAAUAUUAGAAUUUAGUGUUAAAUUUAUACAAAAGGUUAUAAAGAGGAGGAUAAUGUAGCAAUUUUUAUUUUCUAAGUGCAACAUGAUAGAAGAAAAAUUCAGGAAUAAAAAAAUACUACAAAUGAAAAAUUGAAAA